AUAAACAAAGACAAUUUUACUUGUUAGAAACUUUGAUAAAUAAAUAUACGAAUUACAAAAUAUGGAAAAAGAAACCACGGAAGAUAGCACUAAAGGUUUGAAAAUAACUUAAAGAUAUGAUGAAAGGGAAAUUAACAUUAGAAAUAGUUGUUUCCCAUGAAAUUGACCGAUAAUAUAUUGGCGUGAUAAAUGUAAAUUAUAGAUUCGACAAAAGAUAAUGAUUGUUGAAGUUGUUAUUUUUAAAAUUGCAACUUUUCUUAAUGUAUAUAUUUUCAAUAUAAACUAUAAUUUAUUAGUUAAACAUAAUUCUGGGGAGAGUCGACGGAGACAGAAGUAUAAAAGUCAUAAAUACAAGGAUGACGACAUUCCGAAAACUCCUCUGAUGAUGUCUUUUACUUCCUAUCGUACUGAUCUGGAUGCAAAGCAUGAUAAAAGUGAACGUUUGGUAAAACUCAGUCGAGAUAUAACGAUUGAGAGUAAACGCGUAAUAUUUUUGCUCCACCGUACAACAAAGUGAGCAAUUAUGCGUAUGUAAUGCUAUUCAAUUAUGAUGUUUAAUCAUAUUUUUAGAGAGGACAAAUCUAAUUUGAUUUUAGAAGCUGACAAGAAACUUCACUCAUUAGAGCAAAGUCAUUGGAAAAAUGUUGCUUUAGAACUGCAUGGUGAGGAUAUAUAUCUUUUCUUAAGAAGCUACACUCAAGGUUUGCAAGAAUAUGUUGAAGCAGUUUCUUUUUUAUAUUACUUAAAGCACAAGGAUUUAGUUCCACUCUCCAUUGUUAAAGAUAGUUUAACAUUCCACAAUGUAGACAGUGGUGCUGUUACCACUAAAACGAUCUCUGUCGAAGUUCCAAUCAUUGAUUUUGCAUUGGGACUAACAGACUUAGGUGGAGAAUUAAUGAGACUAGCUAUAAAUAGUAUUGGAGUAGGAGAUUUUACUACACCUAAGGAAAUUUGUUCGUUUCUUCGAGCUUUCUACGAUGGCCUUAUGAACUUUCGUGCUACAAACUGGCAGAUGAACAAAAAAUUGCAAGUCCUCAGAAACAGUCUAUCGAAAGUAGAAAAUGCGUGUUACACACUAAAGAUUAGAGGGUCUGAAGCUCCGAAAGAACUUUUAAGGGAUUUAGUAUCGAGUGUUUCUACAACAACGUGCAACACAGACGAGUAUGACAAUUAAGACCGUUCCCAUAAAUAGACUUUCAGCUUCUUUCUUAUAUAUAAUAAUGUUAAACAUUGAUGUUGUUUAUUUCUGCAAAUAUCAAACUCUGACUAGCAUUUUGCUGUAUGUCCGAUAAAUGGACGAAUAAAAGAAAGUUUCUUUAUAUUCUUAUACUGUA